AUGACCACAGUGGCAUUAAAUCAAAAUGUGACAGUAAAAUUAGUGGUACCAGGUCAACUAGCAGAUCCAGUGAUACGAAACUAUCUAAUGGGCAAAUCUGCAAGCAAUAAGAAUCUGCUCAGCGAUUGCGUUAGCAGUGUUGAAUCAUCAGACAAUAAUCAUAAGACUAAGAAUGAAAACUCAACCAGCCCUUCAAGCGAUAAGAAGAUUAUUGAGAGAAACAAGUUAAAAAAGAACAAAAGUAGCUGCUCAAAUUACAAAAGAUCCGUCGAUGUAAGCGAUUGGGCCCUAAAAAAAGCUAAUAGAGUAAAAUCUAGUAACGAUCAAAAACCAUCAUCCGAAAGUAGAUGCCAAAAGGAAACUAAAGAUGCUAUGAAGCGAAGAAAGUCUGAGAAAAGUUCGAUUAUCAAUAAGAUAUCCAGCCAAAUGGACGUUAAAAAGCGAAAAGUCUCAAUGUCGAGCUCUGAGGAAGAGUUCGAUAUUCCUUCUGACCCUAAUGAGCCAGUUUACUGCUACUGUCAAAAGGUAUCAUACGGAGAUAUGGUUGCGUACGACAAUGACAAUGAGUGCGAGAUAGUAUGGUUCCAUUUUGGAUGCGUUGGUUUAAAAUCAAUUCCAAUUGGAAAGUGGUUCUGUACAGAAUGUUCUAAAAAGAAACGAGACACUGGAAAAAACGUUCGACGAUCGUGCUGA